CGCCGGCGCCGCUCGCACAUGCCUGAGCCGCAACCCCGCGAGCAGGCAGCGCCGGCCCCCCGCCCCGCGGCCCCGGGCCCCGACUCCGGCGCCUUGCCUCCUCCCGGGCCGGGCGCCGUGGCCCCGGCAUGAGGAGCGGGCGAUGAUCCCCGCUAACGCCUCCGUCAGGAAGGGGCCGGAGGGCAAGUACCCGCUGCACUACCUCGUGUGGCACAACCGCCACAGCGAGCUGGAGAAAGAGGUCCGCGCCGGCCAGGUGGACAUCGAGCAGCUGGAUCCCCGUGGGCGGACUCCCCUACACCUGGCCACCACACUGGGGCACCUCGAGUGUGCCCGUGUGCUCCUGGCACACGGUGCAGACGUAGGCAGGGAGAAUCGCAGCGGCUGGACAGUGCUUCAGGAGGCUGUGAGUACCCGGGACCUGGAGCUAGUGCAGCUGGUGCUACGGUACCGGGACUACCAGCGGGUGGUGAAGCGGCUGGCGGGCAUCCCAGUGCUCCUGGAGAAGCUGCGCAAGGCCCAGGACUUCUACGUGGAGAUGAAGUGGGAAUUCACUAGCUGGGUGCCCCUGGUGUCCAAGAUCUGCCCUAGCGACACCUACAAAGUGUGGAAGAGUGGGCAGAACCUACGGGUAGACACCACGCUCCUAGGCUUUGACCAUAUGACAUGGCAACGAGGGAACCGCAGCUUCGUCUUCAGGGGCCAAGAUACAGGCGCCGUGGUCAUGGAGAUUGACCAUGACCGCCGGGUGGUGUACACAGAGACUCUGGCGCUGGCCGGCCAGGACCGUGAGCUGCUAUUGGCUGCUGCCCAGCCCACCGAGGAGCAGGUGCUGAGCCGGCUCACUGCGCCCGUUGUCACCACGCAGCUGGAUACCAAGAACAUCUCCUUUGAGAGGAACAAGACUGGCAUCCUGGGCUGGCGCAGUGAGAAGACUGAGAUGGUGAAUGGGUACGAAGCCAAGGUAUAUGGCGCAUCCAAUGUGGAACUCAUCACCCGGACACGGACAGAGCAUCUUUCAGAACAGCACAAGGGCAAGGUCAAAGGCUGUAGGACACCUCUGCAGUCCUUCCUGGGAAUUGCUGAGCAGCAUGGGGGCCCUCAAAAUGGGACCCUGAUCACUCAGACUCUGAGCCAAGCCAACCCCACUGCCAUCACCGCAGAAGAGUACUUCAAUCCCAACUUUGAGCUUGGCAACCGUGAUAUGGGCCGCCCCAUGGAACUGACCACCAAGACACAGAAGUUCAAGGCCAAGCUGUGGCUGUGUGAGGAGCAUCCCCUGUCCCUGUGUGAGCAGGUGGCCCCCAUCAUUGAUCUCAUGGCUGUCAGCAACGCACUUUUUGCCAAGCUGCGGGAUUUCAUUACCCUGCGCCUGCCUCCUGGCUUCCCUGUCAAGAUUGAAAUCCCGAUCUUCCACGUCCUCAACGCCCGCAUCACCUUCGGGAACCUCAACGGCUGUGACGAGCCGGUGCCGUUGGUGCGAGGCAGCCCCAGCAGCGAGACCCCUUCCCCAGGCAGCGACUCUUCCAGUGUCAGCAGCUCCAGUUCCACAACCUCCUGCCGCAGCUGUGAAAUCUCCCCCACCUUGUUUGAGGCCCCAAGAGGCUACAGCAUGCUGGGCGGCCAGCGGGAGGCGGCCACCCGUGAUGACGAAGAUGACCUACUGCAGUUCGCCAUCCAGCAGAGCCUGCUUGAAGCGGGCAGUGAGUAUGACCAGGUCACCAUCUGGGAAGCGUUAACCAACAGCAAGCCGGGCACUCACCCCAUGUCCUACGAGGGCCACCGACAGGACAGGUCCGCUGGGAGCCCUGGACGUGUCUUCCCUGCCCCCAGGAACACCACACACACGCCCCACCACCAGCCUGUGCCCCCAACGGCGGUUCCCAGCCCUCGGCCCAGCCCAAGCCGGGGCCCCGGUGGCCACAUGUUCCGGAGCUACGACGAGCAGCUGCGGCUGGCGAUGGAGCUGUCGGCGCAGGAGCAGGCGCAGGAGCAGGAGGAGCGGCGGCGGCGCGCACGCCAGGAGGAGGAAGAGCUGGAGCGCAUCCUGAGGCUCUCGCUGACUGAGCAGUAGCGCCACGGGGCCCUCACCCAUACCACGCAUGCCCCGCCCCGGAGUGAGACGCCGGGUCUGCACGCCUGUCCCUCUGCGGCUGGAGACCUGAGCCGCUGCCUCAGGGGCGUAGCGGUCACCAGGCACCGGACCGGGAGGGGUUCGGCAUGGCCACGGGGUACUUUUCCGGGCCAGGGCCCUAGAGGCAGCUGGCACGGCCUGGUCCCCCUGCUUUGCUGUAUCCUGACCCCCACCCCUCCCACCUGAGCUCAGGCCGGUCCAAAGGCAGAGUCAGGCAAUUCUGAGUGGGAGACGGGUCCUUAGAGGAGCAGUGUCCCCAUCCUUGCUCCUUUGGGCCAGCCCUACUUUCUGCUCGCUGACCCCUCUCCAGGACACUGCCCGUGAAGCCUUUGCAUCUCUGCUCUUCACCCCUGGGGCGCAGCUGAGCUCCCCACGUGCUGUGUUGCUGCUUUGUUCCAGACACAAACCAGCAGGUCAAAGGCCCAGCGCCUCCCCCACCCCGGCAUUUCAGCGUCAAGUGCACUUAGCGGGGUGCCCGGCUCCCCCAGCCCCCACACCUCUCCCGGGUUGGGUCUCAGGGUGGUCCUAGCUUCGAUUUUGGUGGCCAAAGGUUGGAGUCCCCUUCCUCAAGACACGUCUUUGUGGUCAGGGUGGGUGCCCAAGGUACCCCACCCACACACACACACACCUCACAAGGCCUGGCUCCCUUAUGCUCUCUUGGCAAAUGGGGGAGGGAGGGCAUAUUGGGCUGGGGGCAAACACGAGACCCUAUACUAGACUGGACACAGAGGUAUCACCUAGGGCCCUGGCACCACCACCCACCCCUUCCCACCAGCUGCUGCUAGCCCUCUGUGGUUGUGCAUCCCACUUGCCCCCACCCAGGGGCUGACUCUAAAAACCUUCAUCCAAUGGUGCUAACCCCCGGCUCUCCCCUGCCCCACCCCACCCCCCCAGAGAAGCACAGACCCCCCUAGGGGCAGGGUCCCACUGCACACCCUUGUCUGGGUUCUCUCAGACUGGCCUUCCUGGCUCAGCCAGUGAGGCUCAGAAGGGACACAAAAGGGAUAGAAGAAAACAACAAAGGAAAAGGAAAACUGUUCCUCUCACCCCCUUCCCUGAUGCCAGGGGCACCAGACUGAUUCUGAGGCACAAAUAAACAAGGCUUCAAACCUGA